AUGAAUACUCAUACUGAUGAAGCAAAACAAGAAAUGAUUGAUUAUUGUCGAUUAUAUUAUCAUAAUGAUAUUAUACGUCUAAAACAAAUAGGUGAACUUGAAAAGACAUAUCAUUCGUCUAAUGCCAUUCAAUGGUAUACAAAAGAUUGUUUUGCAUAUAGAUUUGUUAAUAAAGCAUUAAGAAUAGAAAAUGUUGAAGCUUUAUAUAAAUUAAGAUAUUUUAUUGCUGACAUAUAUAAAAAUAUUAAAGAAAUAUUUGAUGAAAAUUUUGAAAUGUAUAGUGAGUAUUUGAAAACAUUUCAUUUUUAUCGUGGUUUAACACUAUCAGAAAAUGAUAUACUUCAAAUUCAAAAUUGUAUUGGAAAGAUACCAUGUACCAUUUUCAUCAGAAAGAUACCAUGUAUCGAUGCUUGGUAG